AUGAAAGUUCCUACAAAUCCAGAAUUUCGAAUUUUCCUAAGUGAAAUUUCUGUUUGUGACCAUCUAUAUAAUGUAUACGCAUAUAAAAGGAUUGACUACAAAGAGGCUCAUUUUUCAAAAGUUUCGCUAGUUACUGCGGUUCUGGGUAUUCUUGGUAUAAGCCUUCACCAUUUUGCUUAUUAUCGUAAAGAAUUAAAAAGAUCAUUGCAAUGA